AACCAGAAAAAAACUCCCAGCAGCUGUCAGCUCUAAACUGGGAGAAUUUAUGGCUCCUACUGGUUGCCAUCAGCUGCUCACACACUGUGGGAGCAAAGAAGACACACACACACACACACACACACACACACACACACACACACAGACACUGAACCAACACCUAUAAAGGGACCCCUACACUGUGGUGUUUCCACUCAUCUCUGUUCUGCAGGCAGGACUCAGCUACUGGUCAGAAUGGCAGAGAAAAAGAUGUCGUCGGGCAGGAGGAACCAGCUCAAGAGCUUGCUGCUGCUGAUCGGGCAGUCGAUGCUGGAGAAGGAGGCACGAGAGGCAGAGAAGGAGAAGAUGAAUUUCAUGCAGGAGACCUGCCCUGUUCUCUCCAUCCCAGGCUGCAUGCAGGAGAUGCAGGAGCUGUGCAGGAAAAUUCACAAGCAGCUCGAUCUGGCGGAUGAGGAGCGAUACGACAUGGAGUUAAAAGUGACAAAGUCCAACAAAGAGAUCGACGACCUGAAGUUGAAGGUUCAGGAUCUGAAGGGGAAGUUUAAGAAGCCGACCUUGAAGAAGGUGAAGAUGUCGGCCGACGCCAUGCUGGCUGCUCUGCUGGGCUCCAAACACAAAGUGUCCAUGGACCUGAGAGCCAACCUGAAGCAGGUCAAGAAGGAGGUCAAAGACGAGGAGUUGAAAACAGGCGACUGGAGGAAGACCAUCGAAGACAAAGCCGGGAUGGACGGCAGGAAGAAGAUGUUUGAGACAGACGCUUAAAAAACAUCUGUGUGUGACUCUGCUGUUGAUCAGCAUCGUUUGUUUCUGUGUGUGAUGUGAGUCCACUUUGUUGGAAGUUUGUAUAAAUGAUAAAAAGAUGAAAUCAUGUUGUGUUUCUGUGUGUUUUAUGGCUGUAAAUUGAUUACUCUUGAAGUUCAUGUCAACGUCAAGUAACACAGGAACAAAAAUGAAUAAAUACAAAAAUUGCAAUAUAAAGAAAGUAAAACAGCCAAUUAAAUAGACAGUAGACGGAUAUAUGAUAAGUGUAAUUAGAGCCAAUUAGCGAUUCUAGAGUCUGUUAGGGCCGUAGGCAAAAAUAAAUUGGGGGGCCCUCCAACCAGAGUUCAUCACGUUUAUGUCUACUAGCCAACUCUAACUCCUCUUCCCCUUCUUUCCUCUUUUUAUUUCUCUCUCCUAUAGACUGAUAAUUCCUCUUCAUUUUUCUUUGGUGACGUUCACUGACAACCUUUUUUCUUCACAGCAAUAA